ACAUUCCUCAAUCAUACUUCAAUUCAGCUUUUGCUCCGCAUCCUUCUUGUUUCACAAGUUUCUUGGAAGCGGAGCACACCUCCCUCUCUCUCUUUGUUCUAUUCUCUCAUUCCUGCCUCUCUUCUCAACAUGGCUGCCAACAGAUGGUUGAAACCCGAGGUGUACCCACUUUUCGCUGCAGUUGGUGUAGCUGUUGGGAUCUGUGGAAUGCAACUCGUUAGGAAUAUAACCACAAAUCCUGAAGUCAGGGUGACCAAACAGAACAGAACUGCAGGAAUUCUUGAGAAUUUUGCAGAGGGAGAGAAAUAUUCACAACAUAGCUUGAGGAAGUAUGUUCGCAACAAGCAACCUCAGAUUAUGCCAUCCCUCAACAACUUCUUCUCUGACCCCAGAAACUAAAAAAAAUGCAAAACUUUGUGAUCCUGAGAAUUGAUUCCUUGGAUUAAUUUUUGGUUUUCCGACAUUUUGAAAAUUUGAGAAGUAGGACAAGGGAAUUUUAUUUUUCAGAAAAAAAAAAUGUACUAUGAUUCUGUAAUUUGUUGAUGGGUGACAUUCGAUUUGUCUAAUAUAAUAAAAUUUUAUAUAUUUUUACA